CCAACCUCGAGGAGCACUCACUCAUCAUGCCGCUUAUCGUUCUCACCGGAUACCCCUGCUCGGGACUCAGCUACCGCGCCCGUCAACUCGCAUCCCAACUCGAAAAUACACAGAACGAACUCUUCGCGUCGGGAGCAAUCCCCUCUUCGAAACCCCGGUAUAAGAUUCAUAUCGUGCCGACGCAUGAUGUCUCGCAUCCGCGAACUGUGUACGAUACCGCGCGUACGGAGAAGGAAACUCGUGGUGUGGCAUAUACGCGGGCGAAGCGCGCCCUGGGCCGCGACAGCUUUGUGAUUCUCGAUGGAAUGAACUACAUUAAGGGAUAUAGGUACCAGCUUUGGUGUGAGGCCAAGGCCCUAGGAACAUCAUGCUGUGUGGUCCAUGUCGGCACACCGAUCGAUCAGUGCGUCGCAAACAACGAGGCACGACUGCGUCGCAAAAAUCCACACUCUCAAGAACUGGAAUCUGCACAGCAAUCGGCCAAAGAGGAAAGUGUCUCUGAGUCUCAAACUUGCCCCACCCCACCCCCACCACCAAAAGAAGAAGACACCGAAGACCCAUACCCCCCGGAGCUCCUCAACAAUCUCAUCUUCCGCUACGAAGAACCCAACAUCCAUAGCCGUUGGGACAAACCCCUCUUCACGGUUCCCUGGUCCGACGUCGAACCCCCUAUCGCAGAGAUCUGGACCGCCCUCACUGGCCUCCCGCACCCAUCCACUCUUUCUCAGACCGACCAGGCACCAGACGACGCAUCCUCCAUUUCCACUCUCGCAGCUGCUCUCUCCCUGACCUCUCCCACAAAUCUUUUAUCUGCAGCCAGCACAACGACCGCAGCACCAUCUGGAACACGCGCCGCAGCGCUCCAAAGACCCAGAAUCAAGCCGCAUCAAGCCACCGUGCUCCCCACGGCGACCGCCUCGUCAGCUCUAUACAAUAUAGAAAAACGUACCUCCGCAAUCGUCCAAGCGAUCCGAAGUUUCUCUCUCUCAAACCCCUCCGCAAAGGCCGCCCUCGCGCAAAGCCAAAGCGCCAAGGUUCGCACAAGGCCCGGCGAAGAAGGCAUCACUAUCGUUGUCCCGGAGGCUUCGAUCCCUAUUUUCAUCCCUGCGCAUAUUGCCUCCGCAAGCACAACGGAUGAUCUUGCUGCCGCGGGUGGGAUCCUGGCUCUACCGCGGCUGCAGAGGUUGCGGAGGCAGUGGAUUGCAUUGAACAGGGCGUAUGUUGCAGGUCCUCAUGCGUCGGGUAAGGGUGGUCUCAUGGAUGAUCAGAUCGCAGAUGCAUUUGUCCGGUUUUUGAAUGCCGAUUUCGCAGACGAGGUUGAUGAGAGGUAGUAGUUCCUGUUAUAUAAAUAACUUGGAAGGAUGCAUGUAGAGUAUAGUAAAAUCAUGACUUGACGAAAUUUAGAUCAAUUUAUUUAGAGACGCAUGGCAUGUCUAGCGAGGUGUUGGUAAAGCAGUCUUUUUUUCCUGUUUUUCUAUCAAUAAUCUCCAAACGGAGACGGAGACGGAGACGGAGAGACAAGGAUGUCUAGAAGAGAGCUCAGCAUAUCUCUCACCCAACCUGAAAUAGACUCAAAUCAGAUACUGU